AUGGACUUUCUCGGAGAUGGAAACUUUAAUGAUUCAUCUCGUGUCAAUGGCAGUUCUUUCACCUUCAACAACUCAGAAGACAGCAAAGUGCGGUCGGCUUGUGAUGGAAGAUUUUCCUGGACGGUACAUGGUCCUUUAAUCGUUGUUUCCACGCUUAUCGUCAUCUUGAACAGUAUUGUUCUAGCUUUGAUGCGCCGUAAAGAGCGUUUGCAGACUUUGAGCAACACCAUCCUCGCUUCUCUGGCUGUAUCGGAUCUUAUGUCAGGACUGUUUGGUAUUGCACUGUUUUUUGGCUGCUCAGUUGCAAUUAUGGCAGGACAUAUAGCUUUGUGCGUGUCGUCCACUUUAUUCAUGCGGUUCACCGCCGUUUCAACCGUUCUACAUUUUUUGCUUGUCGCCUGUGAUCGCCAUAUCAUGAUUACAUUUUCAUUACGCUACCAAGCGCUCGUGAACAAAUGUCGUGUACGAGGCGCCUUAAUCGCGAUUUGGCUAAUGUCGACUCUGGUCGCUACUGUGGAGCUUACUUGGUUUGAAACCAAAAUUACCAAAGACAGUAUGGAAAAAGACAAAAUUUACUCGAUUUUAUUCAUCGUCGUUUUUCUCGCAGUGCCCUUGCUUUCUAUACUCUGCAUCUAUGGUCAUAUUAUCGUGGUUUCAACGCGUCACCUACUCGCGCUGCGAGCGCGUCGCACGAACUUAAAAGACGAAGCUACCAACGCGCGAUCAAUCGCGCGCGAUUUGCGUGGCACCGUAGUUUUGAUCUCCACGCUGGUUGUGUUUGCAGGUUGUUGGCUCCCUUUCUUUCUCAUGAUCCUGCAAGAUUACCUUGGUGCCAGAAUUAUUUCCGCCACCUCGUGGAGGCUGUGCUUGUUACUCUUUGCUCGUUUUAUUCCACCCGUGACAAACCCUGUUUUGUGCGCGUUAUUCAAGAGAGAUUUCAGGGACGCCCUACGAGCAUGUUGGAAGUCUCUUAAAAUGGAUUUAGUGGGAUUCACUGGAAACAUAUUUCAUAAAAAGUCAAGAAAACAAAUAAGCAAUUCUCGUGGUAGAUUUACAAAAAGCGAGGAC